ACUUCCAUCUCCGGUUUGUUUUUCUUAAUUACUACUCUAUUUGGUUCUCUGACAUUACGGUUUCAUACAUUUGUCGAAAGUUACCAUUCCAUCAUGGCUACCGCCGAGGAUAAACACGUCCCGUAUCUUCACGGUGAUCUUGUCCUUACGAUCAUCGAGGUUCGAAGGGUUCUGAAUUGGGCCACCGGGAAGGGCGAUGGAAUCGAGGAGCUUAAUAACCUCGACCCCCGUAAGGCUAUCUUCGGCGACUCUUAUGUUACAGUGUUAGUGCCGCAAGCCACUUUGGGGCGCACUCGUAUCAUUGAGAAGAACUCUCAGAAUCUAUUCUGGAACGACCAGUUUUUUAUUCCCUUGGCUCACCCUGCAACUGAACUCGAGUUUCAAGUUAUAGUCAAGAGUUUCUUUGGGCCCAAGGUUAUUGGGAAGGCAAAAAUUCCAGCGGAAAAAAUGGCCAACGGCAAGGAUAUCUCGGGAUGGUUCCGAAUCGUCCGAUCCAGCUGUAUUAAGACACACAAAGCCUUGCGACUGAAGAUGAAAUUUACGCCGUGUGAAACAAAUCCAAUAUACCGCUAUGGCAUUGCCGGUGAUCCUAAGCUGGAAGGAGUUCGAAACACGUAUUUUCCGUUACGAAAGGGAAAUCAAGUGACGCUGUACCAGGACGCUCACGUGAGGAAGGAGUCCUUGCCUCACGUUACGCUUGAGGGAGAUCAGGUUUAUAAGCCAGGCACGUGCUGGGAGGACAUUUGCGAAGCCAUUUUAGAUGCUCGUCAUCUGAUCUACAUUAUGGGGUGGUCUGUGUUUGUGAAGAUUAAGCUCGUUAGAGAGCCCACUCGGCCGUUGCCGAGUGGUGGUGAUUUGACACUCGGUAAGUUGCUGAAGUAUAAAUCGCAGGAAGGUGUCAGAGUUGUGUUGUUGAUUUGGGAGGAUAAGACAUCCCGUGACGAGUUCGGAGUCAAAACGGUAGGAUUGAUGGCAACUCACGAUAAAGAAACGAAGAGGUUUUUCAAGGAUUCAUCUGUGAAUUGUGUGCUAGCACCACGUUAUGCUAGUAGGGAGUGUAGCUUUUUCAAACAACAGACUGUUAGUACCAUCUUUACACACCAUCAGAAAUGUGUUGUUGUUGACACACAAGCAUCCGGUAAUAAUCGGAAGAUAACAUCAUUUAUAGGAGGUAUUGAUCUCUGUGAUGGUCGCUAUGACACCCCUGACCAUCGUCUCUUUCGUGAUCUCAACACUGUGUUCAAGGAUGAUUUCCAUAAUCCUUCGUAUCCUACUGGAACCAAGGCUCCAAGACAGCCAUGGCAUGAUUUGCACUGCAGAAUUGAAGGGCCAGCUGCACAUGAUGUUCGUAUAAACUUUGAGCAGUGUUGGAGGCAAGCAACUCCGCGCGCAAAAUCCACUCGAAACUUUAAAAAGGUUUCUCAUUUGCAAGACGAUUCUCUGCAAGAUGAUUCUCUGCUUAAGAUAGAGCGCAUCGCAGCGAUAUUAAGUCCUUCCGUAUCUGUGUCAAGUGAUGGAACCACACUAGUUCCACAGGAUGGCGACGUAGUACAGGUUUCCAAGGAAGAAAAUCCUGAAACCUGGAAUGUUCAGAUUUUCCGGUCCAUUGACUCAGGAUCACUGGAAGGAUUUCUAAAGGAUGUUAACAAGGCUGAGAAUCAGAAGAACCUUAUCCGCGCAAAAGACUCGGUAAUAGACAAGAGCAUUCAAAUGGCAUACAUUCAAGCCAUCAGAUCUGCUCAGCGUUUCAUAUAUAUUGAAAAUCAGUAUUUUAUUGGAUCAUCUUAUGCAUGGCCAUCGUAUAAAGAUGCAGGAGCUGAUAACCUUAUCCCUAUGGAGUUGGCACGAAAGAUUGAAAGUAAAAUUAGAGCUAAUGAGAGAUUUGCGGUGUAUGUUAUCAUACCUAUGUGGCCUGAGGGUGAUUCAAAUUCUUGCCCUGUGCAAGAAAUUCUGGUUUGGCAGAGCCAGACAAUGCAGAUGAUGUAUAGAAUUGUUGCACAGGCACUGAAAGAUAUGCAGAGGAAUGCACAUCCACAAGAUUACCUCAAUUUUUAUUGCCUUGGUAAACGGGAAGCAAACCCAGAUGUGUCAACCAGUAGUGGUGAAAAGGUAUCUAAAUCACAAGAACAUCAGCGGUUUAUGAUAUAUGUCCAUGCUAAGGGAAUGAUAGUAGAUGAUGAAUAUGUGAUAGUGGGAUCUGCCAACAUUAAUGAAAGAUCAAUGGCUGGCAGUAGAGACACUGAAAUAGCCAUGGGUGCAUAUCAGCCGCAUCAUGCUUGGGCGAAAAACAAGAGGCAUCCAUAUGGCCAGAUCUAUGGAUUUAGGAACUCACUUUGGGCAGAGCAUCUUGGUGAGCUGGAGGCUUGCUUCGAGAAGCCUGAAAGUUUGGACUGUGUAACGACAGUAAACCGGAUCGCUCGAGACAACUGGUAUAAAUUCACCACUAAGAAUUUCACGCAACUCCAGGGCCACCUUCUAAAAUAUCCACUUACGGUAGAGAUUGAUGGGACAUUAAGCCCUCUACGGGGACACGAGAAAUUUCCAGAUACAGGUGGUGAAGUCAUUGGAAGGCGUUCCUGGAUUUUGAAUGCUACUUUGACCACAUAAUUCCACCUCCCAUUAUUUUGUUUGUUGAAACGCUGGAGGAAAAACAUCGGAAAGACAAUCAGGUUUUUUUAUUUAUCUUUCU